AUGAAGUAUGAGUCUGUGGAUACAGUCAUAGAAGUAGAGGAAACUGUUCAUUAUCCUGUUGAGUUUCUGCAUACACUUAACCCGCCAGGCAUACCACCUCAUAUUCUUCAUCUAAAGAUUGGUACACCGAUAAUGUUGUUGCGUAACUUGAAUCCUCCCAAAUUGUGUAAUGGCACCAGACUACAGGUAAAAACUCUACGGAAAAAUUUAAUUGAAGCGACCAUUUUUACAGGAAAGUAUGAGGGCGAAAAUGUAUUCAUUCCAAGAAUACCUUUGAUUCCAUCAGAUUAUCAUUUUGAAUUUAAGCGUUUGCAGUUUCCAGUUAGAGUUUGCUUCGCGAUGACUAUUAAUAAAGCUCAAGGGCAGAGUUUAAAAUUAGCUGGUGUAGAUUUGCAAAGUGACUGUUUUUCCCAUGGUCAAUUUUAUGUAGCAUGUUCAAGAGUAAGUUCCUAUGAAGAUCUCAUCAUUCUUCAACCAGAGAAGCGAACGAAAAAUGUUGUAUAUAAAGAAGUUUUAAACAUGUAA